AUGGCUACCGAUACCCUUUACUCAAGCCCUCCAGCGGCGAGAGCAUUUCCGACGCCCUCUACAACACCUCGACGACCACCUUCAAUACACGUUCGGGCAGACUCCUCCCCCGAGCAAUCAUCUUCGCCUAACUCGCUGCCAAUCCUAAACUUCUCGCCUGAUGGACGCAGUGACUCGGACGACAUCGCCGACGAGGAUACUCUAUCACCGCUAGAUCCGCGACGGUUCACGCCCACGCUCCAUGCAUCUCUUGUCUCCGAGAUCCUUUCGCUGCGUCGGGAUGUAGAAAACCGGACUAAGGCCAUUGACUUCCUGGAGCGAAGUCUGGACGAUUCACGAAUAGAGAGUGAAGGUCUCAACGAGCGUCUGUCGAAGAGUACCAAAGAGGCCCGGUCGCUCAGGCAUCAGUUACAGCUACUGGAGGGUGGUACGUCAUCAGCUAUCACUGAGCUAGCGCGGGAGCGCGACGAGGCACUCGAGAGUAUUUCAGACGUUCGCAAAAAGUUAGAGCAAGUGCAAAAGAAGGCGCGGAGUCAGGAAGACGACAUCAACAGAACAGUACAACUUUGGGAUCACGACAAGGAGGCAUGGGAAGGCGAGCGCAGGAGCCUGGAACGAAAAGUCCAUGUGGUAGAGGGGCGCUUAAAGGUUGUUUUGAACGAGGUAGCGGCCGCCCAGGCAGCUGGCUCAUUUCAACCAUACCGAGAUGCUAAAGCAAUUGACACUGACCCGAUGCGAGAAAUGGCCGGGGGCAAAGAUAGCGACUCUGCUAGCGCUCAUUCGAGCAGUCAAGGGCGACGCCGGACUAGUGUCACGAGUAUGAGCAGUGAUAACGGCGAUGAGCUUGACUACCAUAAUGUGCGAUACUCUAUGGCCAGUGUCGUUAACGUCCCCGGUAUCAAGAGUGAGGGAUUGAGUCUGGCACAGGAGCUAGCAUUUGAUGAGGAAGACGAGUUCGAGUCUCUCGAUGCCGAUUUUACACCUGACUCGCCCGAGGCGCUCCCAGAAGAGCGCCCGGCCUCGGUUCAUUCACAGUUGUCUCGCACAAUGAGCAUGGGCGCGAAAGCGAGAAAGAUUCUCGGACUUUCUCUUGCGAGUGCUGACGGCUACGGGUUCAGGUCUGAGGGCAACUCAGAGCCUAGCAGUCCCUUGAAGGUAGCUACAGCAGCAUUCAUGUACCGUGAUACAGGAAUCCAGUAUUCGCCCCCUCCGUCACCCUCGCUGACAUCAAAGUCUGAGCUUCAUGCCUGUGAUCAGGAUACUGAAUCACCCGAUGACGGAGAGAUAUCCUGUCUGUAUCAACCCAAAACUUCAACUCUCACAAUCGAUAUGAUCUCGGCGUCUUGUCAAACUGUUGAGGAUCUUCCCACUCCCCCAUGGACGCCUAAGUUCGAUGAGACAACACCACAAUUGGCCUCGGAUCAGGUUGAAAUGGUGUCAGUUUCCGUGCAGACCGUCCAACCUCCAGUCACAGAAACGGACGACACUAGGGUCAAUGUCGCGGCAACCGACGUGAAAUCGUCCGCACUUGGGAUUCCCAUGAUUGCGAUACACCCACCAGGUUCAGAACCAUCCUCCCCUCGAGGAAGCGUGGUUCUGCCUCCUCAAACGAAGAGUGCUUCUUGCCAGGCCAAUCUGGGUUUCGAGGUUGACAGCCGAACGAUUGGUAUACAAACAGAGGAGAUUCGGAUUGGCCAGCGGGCUGUAAAGUUGCCGGCCAGUCUACUUCCGUCAGCGAUACCGGAUCUCCCAUUCGACAAGAGCACUGAAGACCAUGCUAUUCAACCUUACCGCGCGCCUCCUCCAAGGGCCAAAAAUAGGGAGAGCAAACAUUCACUGCGCAUUAAGACAGUUGAUCCGGUGCAAGCCUACCCGGGAAACAAUGACAACGGGCCUCUGUCCGAAGAGUCCAAGUCAGAGCUUAGGCGGCCCCCACGAUCCAGUAGCCUCUUUGCUGGGUUUGAUGAUCAGGCAAGUGACGAAGAGCUACCCGAGUCGACUAAUGACAUCUUUAGCGAUGAUGAACUUCUCAAUCGCCCAUUUGCUUCGUAUACACUAAAGAGAGGAAAGCUAGUCUCGACGCGUUCCAGCUUGGACGAGGCUGUACUUCCUGAAGUCGAUGAGAAUCUGCGAGAAGAGGAAACCCAGCAGUCCAGAACGUCAAUUGACCAAAGUUCCAAAGACACAGCCGCACCUUCUUGGAGCCAACGGUUUGGGUUUGGGGUCUCUGGAGCACGGCAGCAAGAUAUCCGCAAGACAGCAAUAAUUUCUAGCGGGGCAGCUACAUAUCAGAAGGCUCGUGUGCGAAGUCCCAGCGAGCCCAGCAUUGAUAGUACUAGUGCAUCUAGUAUCGCUCCCCCAAUCCCUGUGCCGAUGCGAUUCAGUUCACGGAAAUUCCCCGGCAACGGAAGCGAUGGUCGUCAGAGCCCGACACCAUCCAACCCUCGAAACUUCUCUGAUCGCGGACGGGCAUCAAUUAUCCGACGCCCAACUUUGCGGCGCGUCCGAUCUGCAGCUGCGAUGUCACAAACGGAGCAUCACGACCGGUCAUCACCCACGAUGUCCACAUCGUCCUAUACCCCGGACAGCCCUCAGCAUCCCCCCCUUCCAUUCGACAAUAUUACCGCGCCCUCAGGAGGACGGGCUGUUCAAAGACGGUCGGCUUACCCUCCAACUGUGUCUCGCCCCUUCGCACAUGGGCGGCAUGAUUCCACGGCGACAACUGUCCAGCCCACGAGCGUUGUGGAUGCCAUUGCGCAGACGAUGGUUGGGGAGUGGAUGUACAAGUACAUCCGGAGACGGAGAUCAUUUGGUGGUGUCGGCGAGCCCAAGGACAAUUGGGAGGGCCGCAACGCCGAUGAAGUGUCUGCCAAUAUAACCAACAGCGGCGCGAGGCACAGACGAUGGGUCUGGCUAGCACCUUAUGAGCGCGCCGUCAUGUGGAGCAGCAAGCAGCCGACCAGCGGGCCAGCGCUGCUUGGUAAGAGCGGUCGAAAGUUGAUCAUCCAGUCCGUCCUCGAUGUCAAAGAUGACAAUCCGCUGCCUAAAGGGCUCAACCCACAACACAACUUUAAUCGAUCGAUAUUAAUCCUGACACCUCAACGCGCCCUGAAGUUCACUGCCACGACCAUUGAGCGGCAUUACAUCUGGUUGACAGCGUUGUCUUUCCUCAGUCACUCUUCCAUGGGACUUCAUGACCUGGAUACCCUUCCCCCGGUCCCACAGGAGGAGUUCACCUCCCCAGCACCCACAGCAACAUUGCGACGCAAUCCGAUCCGUGAUUCGAUUCGGAUAGCCAAGGGUCGACCUCGGCCGCGACCUAAGGGAAAGCGAUCUCUUCUCAGUCAGCCCGAGCCCGUCCCUGAGCUUCCCAAUGAGCUAGAACCGGUCGGUUCAAUCGACGCCGCCGAUCCGCCGACCGUGCCACGAUUCUCGAAUCAUGCCCGCAAGCGGAGCAACACUGCUCCCCGAAUACCUAUCAUCCGCAGCUUCUCCAGCCAGGGCACGAUGCCGUCGGUAGCCACAACGCGGGGCUCCUCAGAGACAUACACCCCCUCAUACGGUCAGGGGCUCAACAGCAGUCGAAGCAGUGUCACUCGCCGCACUUCAGAGGCCAGCAUGGGAACAGGGAACUUUUUCGACGCUAUCGGCACUGUUCGAAUGGAGGCUUUUAUUGACCAGGCCAACGGACACAAAGGUCCCCGUCCAGCGCGACACGUCAGAAAGGCGUCGAGCGCUUGGAGUGCGAGUCAGGAGCUGGAGUCCCUCUCCCCAUUUGGAGAAGGCGGGUCCCUUCGCCAUGUUGAUCCGUUCGGGGGAUUCUAA